AUGGCAUCUAUUAGCAACGAGAAGAGCGGCGUGAGCCCUCAAGCACCCGAUAAGACCGACCACACGCCUAACAGCAAGAAGACCCAGGCUGGUACUGGUACUGUUGAUGUCGAGACUGGCCAACUCCACACUCUCGAAAAAGAACCUCUCCCGCCAUUCACAGAGUCAGAUGACCCAUUCGGCGGCGAAGGAGGCAACAACUACCGUACAAUGGGCCGCUGGGACACAGUCUUUGCCCUUGUCACGAACCAGAUGGGCUUGGGAAUCCUUUCCCUACCUGGCACACUGAAGAUCCUCGGUCUUGUUCCUGGCCUCAUUGCCAUUUUCGCCAUCGGCUCUUUGACUUGGUAUGCCGGUUAUAUCUUGUAUGAGUUCUAUGCAAGAUACCCCUUUGUCAUCAACCUGGUCGAGAUGGUCAAGGUCAUUGGUGGGAAGAGAUGGGAGGCAGUGGCCUUUUCCAUGUUCAUCUUCCAGCUGGUUCUCACUGGUGCUUCUACCGCAGUGACGCUCUCCAUCGUCUUCAACUCUAUCAGUGAACAUGCCAUGUGCACAGUCGGCUUUAUCGGCAUCGCCUGCUUGGUCAUCUUCAUCUUCUGCAUCCCUCGUACCAUGAAGUUUGUCUCUCAAAGCGGUAUCCCGUGCUUUCUCAGCAUCACCAUCGGAGCCUUGGUGACCAUGAUCGGUCUUGGAGUUGGGCAUCCUGCAAAGGCUCCUGCGGACUGGAAACUGGGCUCCGGUCUUACUAUUGUCGGGCACCCGUCUUUUCAACAGGGGUUAACUGCUUGCAUCCGCAUCUUCUUCGCAUUCGCGGGUAACUUUGCAUUUUGCUCUUACAUGGCGGAGAUGAAGGACCCAGUCAGAGACUUUCCUUUUGCUCUGCGGGGACUUUUCAUCGCCUCCAUGAGCGUGUACGCGGCCUUCGCUGCGAUCCUCUAUGUGUUGGCUGGAGAGUACACGACCUCACCUGCCCUGGGUUCCGCACCUCUCGUCUAUGCAAAGGCGGCCUAUGGAAUUGUCAUUCCCGCGGUGCUCACCUCUGGGCUCUCCAACGGACAUAUUGCCAUUAAGCUCGUCCAUGUCCAGGUGAUGCGUGCGAUGAACCUCACCAAGGAGAUCACUGCCAACACCGUUCGAUCGUGGGCCAUCUGGAUCGGUAUUGGGAUUGCCUUCUGGGUUAUUUCCUUCAUCAUUUCCAACGCGAUUCCUAUCUUCGACUCGAUCGUUUCUAUUAGUUCUUGCGCCACAUAUAGUUGGACAACAUGGGGUAUCGCCGGGUUCCUGUGGCUGCACCUGAACAAAGGGUCAUGGUUCAGUACCUGGAAGAAGAGGGGUUUGUUUUGUCUCAAUGUCUUGCUUAUUGUUCUUUCGCUUUUCAUGAACAGUGCGGGUCUGUGGGCAUCGAUUUCGGAACUUCUCGAUGCCUUCAAGACGGGAUCUGGGGUGCGAGGAUGCUUUGACUGCGGUGAUAACAGUUCCCUCUAG